AUGGUCAUUGGCUCAACUAUAGGGAACGUAUCGACCAGUUCCUUGAUCGGGGUAGGAAUAGCUUGUGGUGGGAAUGUACUUAUCAGUUUGGCUUUGACGCUACAGAAAUUAGCUCAUAGACGAAAUCAAGAAGCUGCCGAAUCAUCUUCCUCGUCAAGUGAAUACGAGGAGCCGAGAGCUGCUCCCAGCGAGAAUGGUAAUAUCCCUUCGAUAAUACAAGAAGAAGAAGAAGAAGAAGAAGAGGAGGAGGUCGAAGAGACUCCAUGUCCUUCCCCACGUAAAUCACCGAAAAUCAACCAAGAUUAUUCAGUGGUAUUGAUUCCCGAUAAUUCAGAUGAUCCAAAUAGAAAUGCGAAUCUAGACGAUCAACCACAAUCACAAACACAAACACAAUCAAAUUCCAAAUCAAGAUCAACGUCGAAAAAACACUCACCAUCUCCUGUCAAAGUCCCAAUGUAUAAUUCAGUCAAAAUAGAUUCCCCUUCACACGAAACCAAAAUGAACGGAACUGCAAAUCGCUACUCGGAAUCCACUGGACGUAGCAUGAAUAACGACGAAGACGGAAGAAUCGAGAACCAGAACGAAAAUGAAAAUCCGAACGAGAAUGCGAACAAAGAAGGACAAGUGAAAGAAGGGGCAUAUUUAAAAUCUAGGUUAUGGUGGUUAGGUCAAAUACUAAUAACGGUUGGGGAAGGUGGGAAUUUCUUAAGUUACGGUUUCGCUCCUGCUAGUGUUGUAGCUCCUUUAGGUACGGUCGCCUUGAUAGCGAAUUGUGUUUUCGCUCCUUUGAUCCUGAGAGAGAAAUUUCAUAAGCGGGAAUUAUUUGGCAUGGCUUUAGCUAUAAUAGGUGCCGUGACAGUCGUCUGGAGCUCUAACGGCACAAAUCCAAGGCUAAACCCACAGGAACUUAUAGUCGCUUUACGUCGAAUCCCAUUCAUCAUCUAUACGAUCUUGAAUUUCAUCCUCUUAGUGACUUUAAUUAUAUUAUCAAAUUCAUCUUAUGGACAUAAAUACCUUCUAGUCGAUAUUGGUGUAUGUACUGUAUUCGGUGGAUAUACAGUACUAUCAACAAAAGCAUUAAGUUCUUUACUAUCAAAUGAUUUUUUCGGUUCUUGGAACGAUGGUAUAACUUGGUUCUUGACUAUUAUGGUAGCGGCAACUAGUAUCGGUCAGGUCAGGUGGUUGAACAGGGCUUUAAUGAGAUUUCAAUCAAAGGAAGUCAUCCCUACUCAAUUCGUCUUCUUCUCAAUGGCAGCUAUCAUAGGUUCCGCAGUACUCUAUCAAGAAUUUCGUGAUGUUCCAUUUUCACAUUUUGUUAAUUUCGCUUUUGGUAUUGCCACUACUUUCCUAGGUGUACAUCUGUUGACUACUACUGCCCCUUCUUCCGGAUCAUCUUCGUCAGGAGAAGAAGAAGGAGAGGACAACGAUGAUAUCGGUGAGAAUCGACCUAGUCAACCUCAAAGAGCAUCUUCAUCAGCAUCUAUAAAUCUACUCUUACCCACUUCUGCAAUUGGUUCGAUGGCAAGCACGAAUGAAAGAGGGACACCUGUAUAUAUCGCUUCGCCUACUUCAAACGAACAAACUCCGUUGUAUAGGACGGGCUCAUAUACCAGUUCAAACCCAUAUGGAUCAACACCGAUAUCAGCAUCAAAAGUGAGAUUAGUCAGAAUGGGUUCCAACGGUGAAUUCACGCCUGCAUUAGGAAUAGGUAGUCAAGCUGGUUUACUCUUAUUGGCUACCACUCCACCUUCACAUCCUGGAAUAUUACCCAGACAAAGAAGUACGAGUAGAGCAAUGACCAUCCAUACUUCUGGUGUCACUUCUGGUCCUGGUACGAAUCCUCUGAAUGAAAUUGACGAAGAAGAACGUGGCUCCAAUAGUGGAAAGAUGAAAAGAAGUCAUAGUGCCCAGAAAAGGACUUCAACGACAAGGGAAUAG